AUGGCGGCCCUGUUGUUAAUGUUGCUGGCCCUGUCGGCCGCUUCAGUUCUCUCUGAGUCUAUCGUGCAUUUCCGAGAGCAAUUUGAGGAUGGGGGUGAAUGGAAGAGUCGCUGGGUGGAAUCCAAACAUAAGAAUGACUAUGGGAAGUUUGUUCUGACUGCAGGAAAGUUUUAUGGUGAUGCAGAGAAGGACAAAGGUUUGCAGACCAGUCAGGAUGCUCGCUUUUAUGCCAUGUCAUCACGUUUUGAUGACUUCAGCAACAAGGGCCAGCCGCUUGUCAUUCAGUUCACUGUGAAACACGAGCAGAGCAUAGACUGUGGCGGAGGCUAUAUCAAACUGUUCCCCUCUAGCCUCAACCAGGAGGAAAUGCAUGGAGACUCCACUUACAACAUUAUGUUUGGUCCUGACAUUUGCGGCCCUGGCACAAAGAAAGUGCAUGUCAUUUUCUACUACAAAGGGAAAAACCAUCUCAUAAAUAAAGAUAUCAGAUGUAAGGAUGAUGAAUACACCCACCUUUACACACUGAUCGUAAACCCUGACAACACGUAUGAAGUCAAAAUCGACAACAAGAAAGUGGAGUCUGGCAGUCUUGAAGAUGACUGGGACUUCCUGCCUCCUAAAACGAUCAAGGACCCUGAUGCUAAGAAGCCUGAGGACUGGGACGACCGGGAAAAGGUUCCAGACCCUGAAGAUCAGAAACCUGAAGAAUGGGACAAACCUGAAAAUAUCCCUGACCCAGAUGCCAAAAAGCCUGAUGACUGGGACGAUGAGAUGGAUGGAGAAUGGGAACCUCCUGCGGUCGCCAACCCUGAAUAUAAAGGUGAGUGGAAGCCCAGGGAGAUUGACAAUCCAGCAUAUAAAGGCAAAUGGGUUCACCCAGAGAUCGAUAACCCGGAGUACACCCCUGACCCCGAGAUCUACAAGUACGACAGCAUUGGUGUGAUUGGUCUCGACUUGUGGCAGGUUAAGUCUGGGACCAUUUUUGAUAACUUUCUCAUUACCAACGAUGCAAAAGUGGCAGAGGAGGUGGGAAAUGAAACAUGGGAUAAAACAAGGGACGCAGAGAAGAAAAUGAAAGACAAACAGGAAGAGGAAGAGCGGCAGACUCGUGAAGAGGAGGACAAGAAGAAGCGCGAGGAGGGAAAGGAGGAGGCAGAGGAAGAGGAGGAAAAAGAAGAGGAGGAGGAAGAGGAAGAGAGAGAGGAGGAUGAAGAGGAUGAUGAGGAGGAGGAUGAGGACGGCACAGACUCUCCACUCAAAGACGAAUUAUAA